UCUGACAUAAAAGAGAUGAGCGUGAUGAGUUGGAUGCUGAAUUUUUUUUAAUGGAUAUACAGGGACUGUUUCUGUAAUACAUUAAAACCUCAGGGUCUUUUAUGCAAUUAUUCAUAAUCUUUUGUCUCUGCGACAGUCGGGAUCCUCUUUAUGGCAUUUUUCCUUUGAGUGUCUUGUAAGCCUUUUUCUUUUCCGACGACAGAGAUCAAACAGGAAGGAGGAGGAGGGCAAUUCUCCGGUGGUCGUCGGCGGCCGAGGAACAGUGGAUAUGGAAUCUUCUUCGAGAAACAAACUCGAAAAAUUCACAAAAACAAGUAAUGAUAGUAUCAGGUAUAAAGAACGAGGACGAACAAAAGGAGGAGGACGAAGGGAAAUGUUGUUAGGGAUAGGGUUUUUGAUGCAGGGAUUUCGAUGCUUCCCGUGGAUGGCGGUGAUCUUCUUCCUCAAGGACGGACUCCGUGUGGAUCCAUCAACGCUACAAAUCCUUCAGAAUUCUGCAAAUCUUCCGAUGGUUGCCAAGCCCUUUUACGGUCUUUUAUCUGAUUCAUUCUAUGUUUUUGGUCAACAUCGCAUUCCAUACAUCGCCUUCGGAGCUUUGUUACAAGCUGUAUCCUGGCUUACCAUUGCAUCUCUACCCUCUUCAAGCAUGUCGUUCUUCACAAUCACUGUUUAUCUCCUCCUUGGAAACCUUGGUGCUUCGAUAGUCGAGGUUGCAAACGAUGCUGUAGUUGCAGAAUGUGGGAAACAAUCCGCCAACGAUUCAGGGUCAUCGUCAUCCGAUCUUCAAUCAUAUGCGUGGGUGGCCUCGUCAAUUGGUGGCGUCUUGGGGAACCUUCUAGGUGGUAUAUCUAUUACGCAGUUUUCGCCAAGCGCAAUGUUCUCGUUCUUUGGAAUCCUGCUGACUCUUCAAUUCUUCAUUACGAUUUCAGUGAGUGAGAGAUCACUCGACUUACCAAAGAGUCCGUCCAAUCAUGGCAUCAGAAAGCAGCUUUCCGAGCUUUUACUGGUGCUACGAAAACCCGAGAUUUAUCAACCAAUUUCUUGGUUUGCAGCAUCUUACGCCAUAAUUCCAGCCUUAACCGGCACCAUGUUCUUCUAUCAAACACAACAUCUAAAGAUCGAAUCCUCCGUUCUAGGGAUUUCAAAGGUCUUUGGUCAAGUCGCUAUGCUAUUAUGGGGUGUUGUAUAUAACCAACACCUGAAGUCUAUCCCACCACGAAAACUAAUCUCCAUGAUUCAGGGAACAAUGGCUGUUCUAAUGGUAUCAGACGCGUUAUUCGUGAACGGCUUUUAUCGAACCAUGGGGAUACCGGACUCACUAUACAUUGUGGUUGUUUCUGGGCUUCUUGAGGUCUUGUAUUUCUUCAAGACUCUACCUUUCAGUGUUCUGAUGGCAAAGCUCUGCCCAGCGGGUUGUGAAGGAUCUCUAAUGGCAUUUGUCAUGUCUUCUAUCGCAUUGGCGUUCAUUGUAAGUGGGUACCUUGGGGUCGCUCUCGGCUCGUACGUCGAAAUCACGGAAACCGAUUUUUCGGGUUUCCAGAAAGGGCUCUUAAUACAGGCGGCAUGCACUGUUCUGCCUCUUUUCUGGUCUUCGGUUAUCCCGGAAUACCCAAAACUCAAAACCCAGAAGAAAGAAAAGUAACAAAGAAGGUUUGUUGGUUGAUCAUAGCUCAGUAGGUCCAUCUGCAUAUAAACAUAUACAUACAGAGUUGGUGUAUCUAUAUAUAGGACUAGGAGAUCUUAUUUAUGUUUUGCACAAGAAAUGCGAGUCCUGAGGUCCCGUUAGGAACAAGACCGGCGUUACUAGAGACCGGUUGGGAACACGACCUGCGUUAACUAGGGACCGGUUAGGGUCAACCUAGUCUAAGACAUACGUUUAGGGCCUAGUUCUUUAUACAUAUCUAUAUACGAUUAUGUGGUUUUAGGGUUUUUAUUUUGAUACGUUGGUCUCGUUUGUAUUUCAUUUAUUUCAAUCUUGU